GUCGCCUCCCCCCCUCGUAUCCUGCUGGUUGUUAGCCAACGUCAGCGGCGGUGAGGGGAAACGGCACAGGCUGAGCAGGUCGCUCCCAAUGGCGCAUUUUCCAUGAGAAACAGCGUGGGGAAGAGGGGAAAUAACACGACCCGAGUGAGACAGGUGUCCUGGUGGUGGAGAGGCCAGGUCUUUAUGUGAGGCCUUCUGAGGACCGAGCAGCCCAUCGGAACACUAUGGAUGGCUAUGGGUUCUCGAGUCCGAUUCUGGGCGAGGAUCGGUCCGUCAUGGCUCGCAUGCAGAAGAAAUUCUGGAAGACGAAGCAGGUUCUGAUCAAGGCGACCGGGAAGAAGGAGGACGAGCACGUGGUGGCGUCGGACGCCGAUCUGGACGCGAAACUGGAGUUUUUUCGUUCGAUACAGUCCACCUGUACAGAGCUUUUAAAAGUCAUCGAGAAAUACCAGCAAAGAAUCACACGCCUGUCCCAGGAGGAGAACGAGCUGGGACUGUUCCUGCGCUUCCAGGCAGAACAUGACAAAACUAAGGCAGGAAGCAUGAUGAAUGCCACCAGCAAGGCCCUGUGUACCUCUGCCAAACAGAGGUUGGCUCUUUGCGCCCCUCUGCAGAGGAUGGAGCAGGAGAUGGAGACGUUUCGGAGGAGGGCCAUCGCCGACACGCUGCUGACCAUGAGCCGCAUGGAGAAGUCCAGGACGGAGUACCGCGGCGCUCUGCUAUGGAUGAAGGACGUCUCCCAGGAGCUGGACCCCGACACCUACAAACAGCUGGAGAAGUUCCGCAAGGUGCAGGCACAGGUGAGGGGCACAAAGAUGCAAUUCGAUAAGCUGAAGAACGACGUGUGUCAGAAAGUGGACAUGCUGGGAGCGAGCCGUUGCAACCUGCUCUCUCAUUCCCUCUGCACUUACCAGACUACUCUCCUGCAGUUCUGGGAGAAGACGGCAAACAUCAUGUCCGGCAUCCACGAAGCCUUUCAGGGAUACGUGCCGUACAAUUUCACCACCCUGAAGGACUUACGGGAUCCACUGGAACACCUUUUGGACUCCUCAUCUCUCGAGGAUAAGAAGGACAAGGGAAAACAAACAAAUGCAGACAAACUCGUGUCACUGGAGGAGGAGAAAACUGGAACGUCUGCGUUCGAAGCUGCAAGUCUAGACUCUGCUUUAUUUGAGCUCUCAGGCCCCAUCAGCACAAUCAGCAUGGAUGAUGACCUCCUACUCAUGACCCCUGACCCCUCCCCGAUGCAUGCCAUGAUCCCAACUCUACCUACACCACGGCCUCAGAGCCACCCGGAGGCCGCGCUGCCCCCUGAUCCCCAGCGAGCUGAGUCUCAGAGGCAAAACACAGAGUCCUUUGUCACUAUACCGCUGCAUGAGAAGGUCACCAGUGAUUUGCUCUCGGGUCUCGUGCCGUACUCUGGCCUCGAGGAGGAAGAGGGAGAACGAGGCGAUCUGUCUUUCCUGCAGGAUCUGCUGAGCCCCGGAGCCUCCAGCGGAACGGAUGAUUUCAGUAAAGCGUGGCAGGACGCUUUCGGCUGCUUCGAGGCCCCCGUGAGUGUUCCCUGUUCCACAGACGGUGCUGCUGCUCCUGCGAGUAACACAGUGACUCGCUCUCCAUCACAGCCUCCGAGUCCCACCGGCUUCCUGCCAUCACAGCUCCUCGACCACGGGAUCAGCACUACCGGAUGGAUGACUCCUCCCAUGUUUCAAACCCCUCCCCUUCAAGCCACGCCCACUGCUGGCCAGGUCCCGGCUGCACAGAACAACCCCAGGAUGUCGGAUAAAGCGCCUCAAGGUGGUGGAGCUCGGGACAUGUCGGCCUGGUUCAACCUUUUCGCCGACCUGGACCCGCUUUCCAACCCUGACGCUAUCGGACGAAGUGACGAAGAUCUGCUUAAUGCCUGAAGUUGAAGAUGAAGAACCAUUGAGGAAGACGAAGGUUGAUGGAGACUGCGUUCUACACUGGAAAGUUUCACCUGUUUGUAAAUAAUCCCACGUCGGAAAGUGCACCAGAAACGUUUACCGGAUCCGAAACGUGUACUUUAAAUCAGCUGUAGAUUCUUUUACAGACGUUUCUGUCCUGUCCAUCUGUCUGUCCGAACGCUUCACAAUUACAGAAGUGAGAAACGACUCAAAAUGUUCAUUAAAGCUACAAUCUGGGAUUUCUGAUUAAUAAAGUUAACCUUAGCAUUGGUGAGAAGAAAGAAAGAAAAAAAGAAAUAUAUAUAUAUAAAGUAUGUGUAUUUUAUAAUUUUAUUUUGCCCAGAAAAUCCUUGGUUAUGGCUUUAACUAUAUAAAAGUAUAAUUACAUGUUUGUUUGUUGCACAUUUAUCUGCUUUGGAAAUUAGAUUUUUUUUUCUAUUUAUGAACUCUUUAUAUUCCAAUAACCUUCUGUAAGGGGUUUAAGCGGUUACCUGCUGUAUAAAGUGUGUGUGUGUUGAAUUUUGUGUGAUUAUCCAAAUUGAGUAUUUUACCACCACCACUAGUGUGGAUUGCAAAAAUGUGUGUCCCUUGAUCACACCAUCAUUAUUGCUUUAUGACCAAAAACUAUUUUUUUUCCUCCAUUAAGUUUCCAUCUGCCCUUUAAAAGUUGAUGCACUAAUCUAACAUCUUUUGAAGUGCGAGAGACGUGUUCACGUCUGCACAGGAUGGAACGUGUCCGGCAGAAAAGUGUUUGAUUUACCCGUCAGGAGUUAUGAGUGAUGUCUGGACAGGUGCUACUCGUCCACCCGUCAGUCCAUAUCGAUCAAUCGGAUGUCUCCGUGUGCUCGUGUAUGCAGAAGAGGGCAGAUAGCAACUUCCUAUGUGCAGAAUGUAGAUUGUGUGAGGGGGCACAAACUUUUGCACUAUUCUUUCAGAUGUUGCCCACAGCUAAUUAAGCUUUUAGCUCCACCCCAUCGUGAGUGAUUGAUAUAAAUCCUUCAUUUCUGCAUUUCAAGUUCAGCGGUUAACAUUUGCAAAAGUAUUGGCACCCGUAAUCGGCCCCUAUAGGUGGAAGUUCUCCGCCUUUGUUUCAUGAACGUAUGCAAAACCAGUAAACCGAUUUACAUUCCACGUGUCUUUCUGAUAUUUAAGAAUAUAUAUUUGUACAUCGCCUACAAUUCGUCGUGUCUAAAAACUUCGUAAAAGAAUGUAGGCUGCACCAAUCACGCCAGGGUUUGACUCCGUUUAUUUUAUGCAAUUAACAUAAUCAUGUAACGAUUUACAAUGUGAUGAUGGACAGAUGAGAUCUUUACAGUGACUGUACUCGUCAUGUGACGACCGACCAGACGAUAUAAUUAAAUAAAAUUAUUGUAUUUAA